CCUCACCCCAAUUUCCUCUUCCUCGGGUUCACGGAUCGGCGCUUUAAACAAUAGAUUCUCCCCCCUCCCUCCCUCCUGUUCCCCUCUUCUUCCAUUUCAUCCCUUCGCUCAAAGCUAUACGUUGGGUCAUCAUAAAAAAGCGCCUCGACUGACCUUCGCCUGCGCUCUCGACCCUUGGCUCUGUGCAAGAUAGUCCGCCCCUCCUUCACAGUACAAGCGCUCCCUACCAAUUUGUUCGACGGCGGCCCCUACUCUUACUUAGCCGUCAGCAGUCCCACCUCAUCUUCCGUUCUGUCAUUACAUUCUCUGUCGGCCACCGACGGAAGAAUGGGUCUGAACCUGGAGGAACUCUAUGGCCAAUCUAUAGUGGACGAGCAGAAACCGAAUGAGUAUUCGGAGUACCAGCCAAAGCAGGGUUAUGGCUGGGCUAACACCUUGCCCGAGCGGCAAGGUCUCUACGACCCCGAAUAUGAGAAGGACGCUUGUGGUGUAGGCUUCGCCGCACACAUCAAGGGAAAGCCUAGCCACAAAAUUGUCAGUGAUGCUCGUAACUUGCUCUGUAACAUGACGCAUCGUGGCGCCGUUGGUUCGGACGCACGAGACGGUGAUGGUGCUGGCGUGAUGACCAGUAUUCCUCACAAGUUCUUCAUCAAGAAUUUUGCUCGGGAAACCGGGGUGGAUCUUCCUCCUCUUGGUCAGUACGCCGUCGGUAACUUGUUCUUCAAACCCGAUGAAGAGUCUUUGAAAGAGUCUACCAGCACAUUCGAGGAAAUUGCAACAUCCUUGGGCCUUCGUGUGCUUGGAUGGCGUGAGGUUCCCCGCGAUUCGACUAUUCUCGGCCCUGCCGCGCUCUCUCGAGAGCCCAUCAUCAUGCAGCCAUUCGUGGUGCUCAAAUCGGCGUAUGGCGAAGGCAGCAAGCCUGAAGUCACUGACCCGGCCCAGUUUGACGAUAAGACUUUCGAGCUCCAGCUAUACGUUUUACGGAAGCGUGCCACUCACGUCAUUGGCCUUGCUAACUGGUUCUACCUUUGCUCUCUCAGUAACCGGAACAUUGUCUACAAGGGUCAACUGGCUCCAGUACAGGUCUAUCAAUACUACCAUGACCUGGUCAAUGUGGACUACGAGGGUCAUUUCGCUCUCGUCCAUUCUCGUUUCUCCACUAACACUUUCCCUUCGUGGGACCGUGCGCAGCCUCUGCGGUGGGCGGCUCACAAUGGUGAAAUCAACACGCUUCGUGGCAACAAGAACUGGAUGCGCGCUAGAGAAGGUGUGCUGAAAUCCGAUAUAUUUGGCGCGGAGCUCGACUCCCUUUAUCCCAUCGUCGAGGACGGCGGUUCAGACUCUGCUGCUUUUGAUAAUGUCUUGGAGCUUCUGAUGAUCAACGGAGUUCUUUCCUUGCCCGAGGCAGUCAUGCUCAUGAUUCCCGAAGCGUGGCAGGAUAACCCAGCCAUGGAUCCGGCUAAGGCUGCUUUCUACGAAUGGGCUGCCUGCCAGAUGGAGCCCUGGGAUGGUCCCGCUCUCUUCACUUUCUCUGACGGUCGCUACUGUGGAGCCAACCUUGACCGCAACGGUCUGCGUCCUUGUCGAUUCUAUGUUACGGAUGAUGAUAGAAUCAUCUGUGCCUCCGAAGUUGGUGCUGUUGACGUCGAUCCUGAACGUGUGAUUCAAAAAGGCCGCCUGCAGCCCGGAAAGAUGCUCCUGGUCGACACCGUAGCCGGUCGGAUCAUCGAUGACUCGGAACUGAAGUAUACUGUCUCUCACCGACAUGAUUUCGCCUCCUGGUUAGAGAAGGAGCUCCUUAAAUUGCCCGCUAUCACAAAAAAGUUGGAUGCGCAGAGCGUGGAUCUUGCUUUCUCUUUAGACGAGACGACCAUUCAAAAUGACCCUCGCCUCAAGGCCUUUGGCUAUUCCUUCGAGCAAGUUAGUCUGCUCCUUGGUCCCAUGGCUGCCGACUCAAAAGAAGCCCUUGGGUCAAUGGGCAAUGACGCUCCUCUUGCCUGUAUUGCCAAACAACCCCGGCUUCUCUACGAAUAUUUCCGUCAGCUCUUUGCCCAGGUCACAAAUCCUCCUAUUGAUCCGAUCCGUGAGGCAGUUGUCAUGUCCUUGGAAUGCUAUGUUGGUCCUCAGGGGAACCUCUUAGAGAUGGAGCAGUCACAGUGCCACCGCUUGCUUUUGCCUUCCCCUAUCUUAAGCAUUCCCGAGUUCAAUGCCCUUAAGAAUAUCAGCCGCGCCCACAAGGACUGGACGGUCAAGAUCAUUGAUAUCACAUUCGAAAAGCAGAAGGGCGUUCCCGGCUAUUUGGAGGCCCUUGAUGCCAUCUGCGAUGCCACCACGGAAGCAAUUCAGAAUGGCGAUAAGAUCCUCGUGCUUUCGGACCGAGCCACAUCGGCGGAGAGGGUCCCCGUAUCCGCUCUUUUGGCCACCGGACUCGUUCACCAUCACCUGGUCCGCAACAAAUGGAGGUCUCUUGCGGCUAUCGUCGUCGAGACUGCGGAGGCUCGUGAGGUACAUCACAUGUGUGUUUUGGUGGGAUACGGAGCCGAUGCCAUCAACCCUUACCUUGCCAUGGAGUGUAUCCUCAAAAUGAACAGGGAGAAGUUAAUUCGUAAACAAUUACCUGACGAGAAGGUCAUCGAAAAUUAUAAAGCUUCUUGUGAUGGUGGUAUCCUGAAGGUCAUGAGCAAGAUGGGUAUCUCGACAUUGCAGUCAUACAAGGGCGCUCAGAUUUUCGAAGCUCUUGGUAUUGACGACACCGUCAUUGAUCGCUGUUUUGCGGGAACCGCAAGCCGAAUUCGUGGUAUGACUUUCGAGCUUAUUGCUCAAGAUGCCUUCGCUUUCCAUGAACGCGGAUACCCUUCGCGCGAGAUUGUCGACAUCCCCGGUCUUCCUGAAUCCGGUGAAUAUCACUGGCGUGAUGGCGGUGAAGAGCACAUCAACGACCCGGUCAGCAUUGCGAAUAUGCAGGAUGCUGUCCGCACCAAAAAUGACAAGUCUUACGAAGCGUAUGCCAAGGCUGAACAUGAGCAGAUUAAGAAUUGUACCCUACGUGGUAUGCUUGACUUUGACUUUGAGCAGCGGACCCCCAUCCCCAUUGAUCAGGUUGAGCCUUGGACUGAGAUUGUUCGUCGGUUCGUCACGGGUGCCAUGUCUUACGGAUCUAUCUCCAUGGAAUCACACUCUACUUUGGCAGUCGCCAUGAAUCGCCUUGGUGGAAAGUCAAACACUGGCGAAGGAGGCGAAGAUCCCGAGCGGAGUAGGAGAUUUGAGAAUGGCGAUACAAUGCGCUCCGCCAUCAAGCAAAUCGCUUCCGGCCGCUUCGGUGUGACUUCUCACUACCUUGCGGACGCUGAUGAGCUACAGAUCAAGAUGGCACAGGGAGCCAAGCCUGGUGAAGGUGGUGAGCUUCCUGGACAUAAGGUUGUGGGGCCGAUUGCCCGUACUCGUUACUCUACUCCUGGUGUCGGUCUAAUUUCGCCGCCUCCCCAUCACGACAUCUACUCCAUCGAAGAUCUCAAGCAACUUAUAUACGAUCUCAAGUGCUCCAACCCGCGCGCACGAGUUUCAGUCAAGCUCGUGUCUGAGGUUGGCGUCGGUAUUGUUGCCUCUGGUGUGGCCAAGGCUAAGGCUGAUCAUAUCUUGAUCUCCGGUCAUGACGGUGGUACUGGUGCCUCUCGCUGGACUGGUAUCAAGUACGCUGGUUUGCCGUGGGAACUGGGUCUGGCCGAGACUCAUCAAACACUUGUCUUGAAUGAUUUGCGUGGACGUGUGGUUGUUCAAACCGAUGGUCAGAUUCGUACUGGUCGUGAUCUCGCUGUUGCUUGUCUGCUCGGUGCAGAAGAGUUUGGUUUUGCCACCACUCCCUUGAUUGCUAUGGGAUGUAUUAUGAUGCGCAAGUGUCACUUGAACACCUGUCCUGUAGGUAUCGCAACCCAGGAUCCAGCCCUGAGGGCCAAAUUCCAGGGAACACCCGAACAUGUGAUCAACUUUUUCUACUACGUUGCUAACGAGAUGCGUGCCAUCAUGGCUAAACUGGGCAUUCGCACGGUCAAUGAGAUGGUGGGCCGUGCUGAGCUUCUGAGAGUCCGAGAUGGUAUCAAAACUCCCAAGCAGGAGAAGAUUGAUUUGUCUCUCAUUCUCACUCCCGCCCACUCCCUUCGUCCUGGUGUGGCUACCUACAAUGUCCGCAAGCAGGACCACCGCCUCCACACUCGUCUUGAUAAUAAGUUAAUUGCUGAAUCUGAGCUUGCAUUGGAGAAGGGCCUACCUUGUCGGAUCGAAUGCGAUAUCGUCAACACCGACCGUGCCUUGGGUGCUACCUUAUCCUAUCAGGUCAGUCGCCGCUAUGGCGGAGAAGGACUUCCUCAAGACACUAUUCAUUCGAACAUCAAAGGCUCAGCCGGUCAGUCUUUUGGUGCUUACCUUGCCCCAGGUAUCACCCUUGAACUAGAGGGUGAUGCCAACGAUUAUGUUGGUAAGGGUCUUUCUGGAGGUCGCCUCAUUGUGUACCCACCCCGCGGCGCUGCUUACAAAGCUGAGGAGAACGUUAUUGUUGGAAACACCUGUCUUUAUGGUGCUACUCGCGGUACGUGCUUCUUCCGCGGCAUGGCUGCUGAGCGUUUUGCUGUCCGUAACUCCGGGGCUACUGCGGUCGUUGAAGGUGUCGGUGACCAUGGCUGCGAAUACAUGACGGGCGGUAGGGUGCUUGUACUCGGUUCUACAGGCCGUAAUUUUGCAGCUGGUAUGUCCGGCGGUAUUGCCUAUAUUCUGGACAAGAACCAGGACUUCCAUUCGAAGGUCAACAUGGAGAUGGUCGAAGUCAGCGGGCUGGAAGACCCCGCCGAGAUUGCCUUCGUUCGUGGCUUGAUCGAGGACCACCACCACUACACUGGCUCUGAAUUAGCUGCCCGCAUCUUGCUUGACUUCACUCGUGCCCUCCGCCACUUCGUCAAGGUCUUGCCCAUUGACUACAAGCGUAUCCUCGAGGAAGAAAAUGCCAAAGCCAAGGCCGCCAAGAAGGCAGAAUUUACUCUGCCCCAGCUUCCCGGCACUCCUGUUCCGGCCGAAAAGUCCAAGUUUCAAUCGGAAAAGGAAGCCAAGAAAGUCGACAUGCUCGAUAUUGAAGACAGCAUCAGUGACUCUAAGACUGAGAAAAAGCGCUCUGCCCUCAUUCUCGACAAGACCAGAGGAUUCAUGAAGUAUAAUCGUCGCAGCGAGAAAUACCGAAACCCAGCUACUCGGACCCGUGACUGGGCUGAGCUUUCUUCCCGCCUUAGCGAGGAUGAGUUGAAAUAUCAAUCUGCUCGUUGCAUGGACUGCGGUGUUCCGUUCUGUCAGUCUGAUACCGGUUGCCCUAUCUCCAACAUCAUCCCUAAAUGGAAUGAAUUGGUCUUCCAGAACCAGUGGCAAGAUGCGCUCAAUCGUCUUCUCAUGACAAACAACUUCCCAGAAUUCACAGGCCGUGUCUGCCCGGCUCCUUGUGAGGGUGCCUGUGUCUUAGGCAUAAAUGAAGACCCAGUGGGUAUCAAAUCCAUUGAGUGUGCCAUCAUUGAUCGUGGUUUCGAGAUGGGCUGGAUGGUUCCUCGCCCUCCCAAGUCUCGCACUGGUAAGACUAUUGCCAUCAUCGGUUCUGGCCCUGCGGGUCUUGCUGCUGCAGAUCAACUCAACCGUGCCGGGCACAGUGUAACUGUCUACGAGCGUGCUGAUCGUAUCGGUGGAUUGCUUAUGUAUGGCAUUCCCAACAUGAAGCUGGACAAGAAGGUGGUGCAGCGUCGUGUUGAUUUGAUGGCCGCCGAGGGCGUCCAAUUUGUCCCUAACACUCCCGUUGGACCUGAACACGAUGUUUCCCUGGAGUCCCUGCGCAAGACCAACGAUGCUGUCAUUCUUGCGACUGGUGCCACCGUGGCUCGUGAUCUAAAGGUACCUGGUCGUGAGCUUGAGGGCAUUCACUACGCCAUGCAGUUCUUGCACCGCAAUACCAAGUCACUCCUUGAUUCCAAUCUUGCUGACGGAGCAUAUAUCUCCGCCAAGGACAAGCAUGUUGUGGUUAUUGGUGGUGGUGAUACAGGAAAUGACUGCAUUGGUACCUCCGUCCGCCAUGGCGCCAAGUCUGUCACCAACUUCGAGUUGCUGCCCCAACCUCCACCUGAACGUGCUCGCGACAACCCUUGGCCCCAAUGGCCUCGCAUCUACCGGGUUGACUAUGGUCAUUCGGAAGUAAAAACACAUAUGGGCAAGGAUCCUCGCGAGUAUUGUGUCAUGUCGAAGGAGUUUGUCGACGAUGGUAGUGGCCGCGUCAAGGGUAUCAACACGGUUCGCGUGGAAUGGACCAAGGGCGCUUCUGGCGGCUGGGAUAUGAAGACUGUCGAGGGCAGCGAGCAAUUCUUCCCAGCUGAUCUCGUUCUCCUUUCCAUGGGUUUCCUGGGUCCUGAAGAUCGUCUUCUGGGCGAUGAGAUUGAACGCGACGCGCGAAAGAAUGUCAAGACCCCUCCUGGUCAGUACAGCACCAACGUCCCUGGCGUUUAUGCAGCAGGUGAUUGCCGUCGUGGCCAGUCUCUCAUCGUAUGGGGCAUCAACGAGGGUCGUCAGUGUGCCCGUGAGGUUGAUGCUGCUCUUAUGGGUAUUAGCUCGCAGCUUCCAGUUACUGGUGGCAUUGUCCGCCGCCCUGCUAUCGAUGCUGUUCCCCAGUCGGCCGCACAGACUGUUUCAGCUUAGAAGUUGUCACGCAUCUCAGUCUUAUCAUGCUGGGCAGGAUCCAACAGCACAAAGAACCACACUUGAGACUCACGAACAGAAUGAACUUAUGACUAUCAACGCCAAGAGGGAAGCUGUAGAAAAAAAAAAGGGCUAAAAGAAAAGCUGAUUCGGUGAAGUUGCGCCCGGCGUAUCACCACCGCCUAUACAUUUUCUUUCUAUUUCUUCGAGGGGCUAUUUUGGGGAGGUGGGGUUAAGACUUGCUUUGCCUGUAUGCUAGCCUCUUAAUUGUGCAGCGUUCCUGUUCCUUCAAAAUGCCGUGUAAGAUCAAAGCUUUUGUUAAUCUGUGCGACGUUUUAGCUGUCUGUAAAUAGUUUUCUCGUUAAUAUCCUUACGCUUUAGUCGACUUG